GGCCGUACCCAUGCUGCCACUGCCGCUGCGCCUCCGCCCCGGGCGGGUGAGGGGUGCCCCGCUGCUCCGCCCGGCCGCACUAAGAGGAGCCGCCGCCAGCGAUGGGUCCGGGCGGGGCCCAGCAGUAACCCGAGCUGAACAGGCACACAAGGUAGUUGCAAGCUACAAACCUUCAAAGUUUGACAAAAAAAUCCUCCUCUGGACCGGUCGCUUCAAGACAGAAGAAGAAAUUCCUCCAAGGAUCCCGCCAGAGAUGCUAGACAGGGCAAGGAACAAAGCCCGUGUUAAAGCUUGUUACAUCAUGAUCGGCCUUUCAAUUGUUGCCUGUUUUACAGUGAUUGCUUCAGCAAAAAAGGCUGCAGCACGGCAUGAAUCCCUGACAAGCUGGAACUUGGCAAAGAAGGAGAAGUGGAGGAAAGAGGCCGCGCUGGCAGCAGAGUCAAAGCCAAAGUAACUUUGUGAGAUGCCCCGUGUCCUUGUAGGAGCAAAGUUAACAGUCAAGAGCGGUUAGUGAAUUUCACCACCAAAUGGACAACUUUAGCACUGCACAAAUUAGAACUAACAGCAGCGAUUCUGAGAUCACAGAAAUUGAGGUAUUUAUUAAAGAUAGCAUACACACUUGGCACCUGAUUAAAAUCAGAAUGUGUUGCAGGUGAUUAAAGCCAAUAAUUGCAAAGAUGAGAUAGAUGCCUAAGAAUGAAAAGUAAAGGGCUUGUCAAGUGUCUACAAUCUGCCUUAAAACCUUUCUUUCAGGCUUGAUAUUGAGCUCUACUAGAAAGAUCAGAGUUCCUUACUGAAAAACCUAGUUGUAUUUUCUUAGUGAAAGGUUAAAUACAGCAAAGACCAAACUGUACUGAAGUGACAAUAACGAAACUGCAAA